AUUCCCUCACAAUCCUUCCCCAUUUCCCUCCCAAUUCAGAAAACACGCAUAACUCCCUGUCUCCCUCACAAACCCGAUUACUUCACAGUACAACUCCAUUCCCGGCCGCACACCAUACCGAAGCGAUUGCCGCCUGCACACCGGAGCGUUUGCCGCCUGCACGCCGGAGUUUUAGCCGCCUUCUGCCACCGGUGCUGCCGCUACGCUCCACCCUUGAACCCUUCAGCCACGACAGGCUAAUGGCAGAUAAGAAGAAAUCUAUACUUGCUAAGCGAGUACGUGAUGAUGCAACAACUGAUGAGAGUGAUAGUGAUGAUGGUGAUCACAGGGGUCGUACUGUACUUGCAAAGGUUGGGAAGGCUAUUCAUGAAGGCCAGAAAAUCCAGUUGGAAUGGACUAAGAAACCUGAAAUUCCAUGUGGUGAACACAGAACUACCUUCUGCUCAUACAUAGGUAUUAUUGCUCGUGAAAGAGUCAAUAUUAAUUACAAGGACUGGUCUGAUCUUCCGGAACAACUCCUUGACGAAGUGUAUGCAUUCAUAGCUAAGGGGUUUGUGGUACUCGAACAUCAUAAAAAUUGGAUUUUGUCACGAGCUGGAACUCGUUGGAGAGCUUGGAAAGCUAGAUUAAGGAAGAAUUGGUUGUAUAGAUCUACAGGCAUCAUAAGAGAAAAGCCACCAAAGGCUUAUCCGUGGAUACUUCAAACAAAUUGGGACAAAUUCAUCAAGUAUUGUACAUCCAAGGAGUUCAAGGAAUUGAGCGAAACUAAUAGAAAAAAGGCAAAUUUGAAGACAUCUAGCUAUCGAGGAGGGCGACUUGGGUAUCAACAUUUUGAGAAAGAGCUUGAAAAAGAGCUAGAUGAACAAGGGGUUCAUCUUGAUCAAGUUCCUAGGCAUUGGACUUGGAUAAGAGCUCAUUCGCAUGUGAAAGAUGGAGUUAUUACCUUUAAGAAUCCAUUCGAUUUAGCAAUAGCUAAGGAAAUUCAAGCAUUGGAAGCUCAACAAAAUAACGGAGAGAUAGUUACUGAAGGAAGAAAUGACAUUUUAGCAAAAGUUAUUACGAAAAAAGAGCAUGGUGGUUGUGUAAGAGCCGUUGGAUCAGGCAUAACAAAUAAGGAGUACUUUGGCUUCAACAAACCAGCACCACCUAAAGAAUUACACUCUGUAAUCAAUCGUAUGCACACAAAAAUAAUGGGCAUGGAGAAAAAGCAAAAUUAUAUGUUGUCUUUUAUAAUGACGUGCUGUCAAUUGAAUCAGGAGCAAUUGUGUGACUUCAUGACAAAAUUUGGUGAUUGUGUUGGCCAGGGAAUGGGUGGUGGUAAGGAUUUUGAGUCUGAUUCCCAUCUUAGUGAUUCUACUAGACAAAAAGAAAAUAGUGGUAAUGGUGGAAAAGGAUCAAGUUUUAUGCCAUUUGCAAGUUUAGGAGUUCAAGAUGUUCAAUUUGAACUUGCAACUAGUAGUGGUGGUGACAUUGUUGACAAUGAAGCAAGGAAAGACUUUACUACAAAUGAAGAGCAUGAUAAUAGUGAGGAGCAUGGAUCUGAAAAGGAACAGGUUCAUGAACCAGGUAUAAAAGAUCAUUAUACUAACAUUGAUGAUUGUGAACCAUAUGUUGUUCAAUUGCCUGAUUCCGAAGCGCAACCCACACCUUACAAUUUUCAAACUUCUCCUUUUAUUGAGGGAUGGAAUGAUUGUUACUUGGGGCUAGAGGGAGAUGAAGGGAUAGAUAUUGUUGCCAUAGCACAGGUUUAUAUACCGAAAGCAACAGAAAUUGUGAAGAAUCAUGUGGCCCCUAUGCCAAGUGGUCAUUAUCGAGUCAAUAUUCAGAUGGAUAUCAAGCCUAGUGCACUUUUGCCAUAUCCUAACGAGGAAAUGACACUAGUUUGUCAAGCUAAGAAAUCUUUUAUUCCUUGGCCGUGUCACUUCAUUUUCCCAUUUCCCAGUGAUGUACAGAAGGAAGAUGCAAAAAAUUCUAUCUCAGCAUCUCAAAAUUCACCUUCAUCCUAUUUUCAAACUAAGGGCGAAGCUGCACAGCAAGAUGAGGGAAACAAACUCAUCUCACCAUCUCCGAAAUCACCUUCAUCAAGUUCAUCAUCAAAUCGGAAGUACCAAAUCACUGAUAAAGAUCGUGCCAAGCUGACCACAAACUUGGUAAAAAGUUUUAAAUUUGAAGCUUUAGCAAUGAGAAAAAGUGAAGAACAAAUCACUAUAGAAAUACCAGACUUUGUGUUCGGCAAUAAGCAUACUGUUGACAUUGAUUACAUAAACAUGCUUGAUUGGUGUUAUCAACGAGAAGUAGGAGCAGAGCACCUUUCAAUUUUUAUGAAGUAUUUGAGUGAAUAUUGUCAAGAAGAAGGUAUCUCCGGAAUGUAAUAAUGCUAAGAACAAAAACCAAUUAUUCAUGGCACCUUAUUACGAAAAUCGGCAUUGGAUGUUAGCAAUGAUUAGUCCAUGGAAGGGAUUGGUUUAUUGGUUAAGUCCUGCUGGUGUGGAAAAUAAAGGGGCUUGUGAAGUUUAGCAUGGUCCAUCGAAAGGAUCUCAAAAAAAUUAAAAAGAAUCCUAAAGUUGGUUGGAACAAACUGAAAUGUCCUCGUCAACCUCAAGACGCCAAAUACUGUGGAUAUUAUGUAUGCCGUUAUAUGCUUGAGACUAUUGAAAGUAGGCAACAAUUGAUUUUGGAGGAGUUUUCCCCUGGUGCUCCUUCAACUUAUUCUCAGGAGAGCAUUGAUCAAGUUCGAGAUUUAUGGAUUUCUUACGUUGUCAAACAUAGGCAACAAAAAUUGGAGAAGGAAGCAGAAGAUUUGGAUGAUGUGUUAUAAGGUUAUAUCGAUGGAAAUUAUUAAAGAUUAGAAUUCAUGAAGAAUUUUGAUGACAUUUAACUUUUGGAAUAAGAUAAUUGUAUAGUUGAACUAUAGUCUAUAUAUGAUGAAAUGGUUUAUAAUUUUUGCUGUUGGUAUAGCAUGUAUGAACGCGUAUAUUUAAUGGUUUAUAUGGAUUAGUACAAAUUAUAUCGUAUUGGUAUUUUUAUUUAUUAAUAUAGGUCUUUUGACAUAUAAAUGGUGAUUUAGAAAUAAAAAGAAAUCGCAACUGUACGGCU